AUGGCACCCGCAAACCCCGACGAAACAGUCAAAUUCCUCUUAAGCUGUAUCCGCUACUCAAACAGCGGCAAGGUCGACUUCAACGAAGUCGCCAAAGCAUGCAACAUCGUCAGCAGAGGAGCUGCCGCAAAACGCUACGAACGCUUGCUCAAGGCCUACAUUGAAUCAGCGAACACUGGCGCAACUGCCAAGGCUGGUCCUCCUAAGAAGUCCAAAGCAAAGGGGGCAGGCGAGAGUUCGGGUUCGAGUUCACCCGCGAAGCGUAAGCCUGCAGGGGAGAGUAGUAAGGGCAGAGCCAAGAAAGCACGGAUGUUGAAGGAGGGGGUCCUUGAGAGCGCACACAGAAUGAUUGAGCAGAGAUUGAGUCCUGUGAAGGAGGAAGAGGGGUCCGAUGCCGAAGAGGAGAAGGCUCAAGGCGCUAACGCUGAUGCGACUGCUGUCGAUGAUGAGACGCUGUUGGGCCAAUUUUGA